UCUCUGAACCUCCAUGAAAGGGUUUCCUGGAAAAACAAGACAAAAGAAAACAAGACCCAAGUGUCCCAAUGCACAUGGGCUCCACACCACCGGGAGAGCAGGCUCCCACGUGGCAGGCACUGGAAUGAUAAGAGUGGACAACGGGGUGAGUUCUGCAGAAGUCACUGAGCUCGGAGCUCUCUUGCAGCUCAAGGGGAGCCAUGCAGGAUGAAGAUGGGUAUAUCACCUUAAACAUCAAGCCCCGAAAACCAGCUCUCAGCUCAGGUGAUCCUACCCCUUCUUGGUGGCGUGUGAUGGCUUUAGUUCUGCUGAUCUCAUCCCUGGGGCUGGUGGUCGGGCUCGUGGCGCUGGGGAUCAUGUCGGUCACACAGCAAAAGUACCUGUUAGCCGAAAAGGAAAAUCUCUCAGCCACUCUGCAACAACUGGCCAAGAAAUUUUGCCAAGAGUUGAUUAAACACGCAGAGUUCAAGACAAAGAGCAGUUUCGAGCACAAGUGCAGCCCCUGCGCCACCAACUGGAGAUACCAUGGAGAUAGUUGCUAUGGGUUCUUCCGACGUAACCUGACGUGGGAAGAGAGCAAGCAGUACUGCGCCCAGCAGAACGCAACACUUGUGAAGACCGCCAGCCAGAGCACCAUGGACUACAUCACAGACAGAACUACUUCAGUCCGUUGGAUUGGAUUGUCACGCCAGAACUCUAGGAAGGACUGGAUGUGGGAAGAUAGCUCAGUUUUUAACAAGAAUAUAAGUGACUACCGUCGGGGUUACUUUCAGUAUCUUUUUGUCCUGUGCGUCUCCACCAAUCAGGUAUGUUGUAGAUCACGAGACAGUUCUAAUGCUGUACAAUGAGGCUCCACACUUCCGAUGUCAUUGUGGGCAAAUGGCCUCAUCUCAUUAACAGUUGCUGUAUAAGUAAUCGAUGGGAAGGUUCUUGGCUACAUAUUAUUUAUUAUUUGCCCUAAGAUUCUCACAGUGGUACUCUUUAACCUGCUAUCACAAAUAAUGAGACACAGAUACCUGUUAGAUUUAUAAUUGCCUUAUUUACCUUGUACUGGGCAGAUAUUUCACUUACAGUGUCUCGAUAACCUCAUCAUCCAUCUCCAUCUCCCAGUUCCCAUCCAAUGCCAUCCACCUUAAUCCUCCUCAGUUGGGCUACCUUUCAUCCAUAAUCCCAUGGUACUUGUAUAAUCCCAGUCUCCAUCUGGGCCUUUUCACAUCAUUACUGGAGUCCUUCCUCAGCCCAUGGGGCAUUUUCCCCAGGCGAACCCAUCCUGGAGUCCUCCUCCUUUCUUGCCCCGUCCAUCUGUUUGCCAUGAUCCACUCUUGAACCCCUAAAGCGUAGGAACCUUAACCACACCUAUCCCAUUCUGCCCUGGCCAGGUAUAAGCUGUUUAAUCAACCAAUCAGAUAUAUCUUAGGCAGGUUUACAAAACAGAGAUAGGUGUAACCAGAUCCUGAGGGCCAGUAACACACAUCAGAGCAGCCUUCAACGAAGAGUUAUCUCAUUCAGUAUGGAUCUGUCUCUCUCUAAUUUUUAAAUUUUCAAUUUUAUUUAGUGUAUGUGUGUGUGUGUGUGUGUGUGUGUGUGUGUGUGUGUGUAAUAUGACCCCUGAACCACCAAUUUCAACACCCUUUGUUUAUCUUACGCAAUCCUGCACUCUCUCUGUCCAGAACUUAUGACCACUAUCACUAUUUAAAUAACUAAUUAAGCCUACAGGUAUUUAACAUUUACUUUGGAUAGAAUCCCAGAACGCACAAAUACAUGCAAACCUCCUGUAAACCUUAGCCAUUCCUUAUUGCCUUGCUCACAAUAUUUCAGGAAACAGGUGUUCUCUCUUAAAUUCUCAAGGAGCCAAAUUCCCUUUUUCCUUUUAGAUUCCGUGACUAACUUUUCCAUGCUGGUCAAGUCCAGUUGAAGGCUGCCUCCUCAGUGAAAUCAACUCUAAUGGCUCACACUAAAUUGUUUUCAUUUCAGCACACUUGUGUCUUCCUGCUAUUUUCCCAUCUGCUUAUCUGUGAGCACCUUACCAUUUUAUCCUUAUUGAAGUUUGGGUUUUAAAACAGAAUAAACCUUGUCUUGCCUCCUCUUCAGUCAUUAGUUGGUAUCUAUAGGUUUCUUUCAAACAGAUUAAGUGUAUUUUCCUUGUCUUUCAUUGUAAACAGUGAUUCAGAGAAUAGAGGCAAACUUGCGUACAAUUGCCCUCCAAUUGUCUGGUUUAAAUCUAUUACUUGGUGCUGUUAUUUCUCAGCUCUGCAGUAUUUAGUCACCUUACUUUCCCCUGAGAGUUUUUCUGUGUUGUGCAGCUAGCUGCUGGCUCUAUAAGAACUUCCUACUUCCUCUCUGUUUGUGUAAGACCUACUCUCCAUUCAAUAUUGGCAAAGUGAAUUGUAGCUAAAGCUUUGCUUGGCAUGCCUGGUCAUGAUGAGCAUUUCCCCUCUGGACUCCCAUGUCCUUAGCAUUGACCUCUUCCUUGUCUUACACUGUAUCAAAUUGCUGCUGAGUUUUUCAGGUUCAGAUUGUACACGCAGACACAGACAGAGGGGGGGGGUCUCAAGGAUUAGAAUGGUUUCUUCAUCCACCCUAAGCCUCUGGUUUGAGCAAUAAAACAUGCAUGUCUUGUGUUUCCUUAUCUAUUUGUACUUCUAAAAAAAACGUACAAUCUAAUUUUUUUUUUCAUUUGUAGGAUUGAUCUUUCUGGAAAUGCAAGAGAAAACAUGAAUUGUGCUUAUCUUUAUAACAGAAGAAUCCAUCCAGCUUCCUGUGAGGACAGACAUUAUUUAAUGUGUGAGAGGAAGGCUGGCUUAACAAGAGUGGACCAACUGCUUUAAAACAGAAGGACAGACAGGAUGUCAGAUGAGUGCUUGAUCACAUAAUAAAAGAUCUGGACAAAAGA